CAGAUUUUGAGAAUUAUGGAAAAAGUGAUAUUUUACAUGAAAUGGGUUAUGAAAUUUUUGGAGAUGGAAUAUUUGUGAUUAAUGGAAAAUCUCAAGUGCUAAUAGAUAUUUUAACAAAGUAUGCAGAUAGCAGAAACCCCAUUGAUUUACAAGACUUAUUUUACAAAUUCACAAUAGAUACGUUUGGAGAUAUAUCAUUCGGUAUAGAUUUUGGAUAUCUAACCCAUCCUGAGGAAAAAUCGCAAUUUGUUACUAAUUUUGAAUAUGCUUUAAAAGUUAUACAGGAUAGAUUUGAACAACCUUUAUGGAAAUUUAUAGAAAAAUAUAGUGAAAAAGGUUGA